UUAAAGGACAAAUCCUCAAUCACAGCCAUGUAAUUUCCAGAUAUAAUCACAUUGUUCAAUGAUUCAAUCUAUCAUUGGAUAAACCUAUAAAUUACCACCACCACAAAAAAAUCUCAAAAUCUCUCCCCACAAAAACCCCAUCAAGUAAGGGGGAAAAAAAAAAAAAACAUACAAUAAAAAUCUGCCCCAAAAUCACCAUGACUGCUUCAAGUCCAGCUUUCUUCUCAUCAUCAUCAAUUCUGAACAUACCCAAUUCGAAGAACAUCUUAAACCCCAACCCUUUAACCCAAAUCAAGAUUAAUAAAUCAAGAAACCCUCAAAAAAGAAGUGGUUAUUUCAUUUCUAAAUCUGUUACUGUCGAUAACCCCUCCACUGUUUCCUCUACAUCUUCAUUGAAUGUAGAUGAGGGUGUUGAUGAAAAAGAUGCUGCAGCAAUUGGGAAAGUUGGGUCUAAGGUUAAGGUUACAGUUCCAUUGAAAGUGUAUCAUGUGCCUAAGGUUCAAGAAUUGGAUUUAGAUGGUAGAAUUGGGACAUUGAAACAGUAUGUGGCUAUUCAUAAAGGCAAACAAAUAUCUGCUAAUUUGCCUUACAAGGUCGAAUUCGUCGUAGACGGUUUGGAAGGCCGAAAUGGUCCAGUUAAGUUCUCUGCUCACCUUAAGGAAGAUGAGUUUGAGUUUCUUGACUGAUCUGUUUCAGUUUUGAUUACAAUUUUAUUGCUUUUUUAAAUGAACUCUAUAUGUACCAUUGGAAAAUAAUCAUGUGUACAAGUAUUGUUUUCUGUAUCAUUUUGUAGAAUUUAACUCUUUUAAAUAAGAAAAAUGCUUACUU